AUGCUCAACCACCUCACUGACGACUUUACACACAUGGCUGUCUGACUCUUCUAGCAGUACUAGCACUGAAUCAGCAUAGACAUGGGCUUCACUGACACAUAGAGGCCUCUCGAAAAUGGCGCCCAUAUCCCGCAAGCCUAAGCUCACCUAUCCCGAGCCGCCAACCAAAGACUCCAUCAUCUCCUACCCAGCACCCGGCAUUCUGCUCGUCCAUUUGAACAAGCCCAAAGGCCUGAAUUGCAUCAAUGCAGAGUUCACAGAAGAGCUGGAGAGAAUAUGGGAGUGGCUAGACAAAGAGCCAGCUUUCACUGUAGGCAUCAUCACCGGAACAGGCAGGGCAUUCUGUGCGGGUGCGGAUUUAAAAGAGUGGAACACAUUGAACACUGCGAAGACGCCCAAGUCUAUAAGUGGUAAUGGAUUCGGCGGGCUCUCUCGCCGGAGUGGAAAGAAGCCGGUCAUCGCUGCUGUGAAUGGCAUAUGUUUCGGUGGAGGCUGCGAGAUGAUUGUGAAUUGUGAUCUGGUUGUCGCUUCGCCCAAAGCGACGUUUGCUUUGCCGGAGGUCAAGGUUGGCGUUGUGGCUGCGGCAGGAGCUUUACCGCGUAUUAUCAGGACGAUAGGUAGGCCGAGGGCCAUGGAGAUGGCUUUGACUGGGAGGACGGUGUCUGCUCAAGAGGCAUUUGAGUGGGGACUGAUCAACAAAGUCGUUGGUGACAAGGAAGGCGAGGUUGUGGAGGCUGCUGUGGAGUAUGCGAGUCUGAUUGCGGCGAACAGUCCGGAUGCCGUGAUUGUGAGUAGAGAAGGUAUCAAACUUGGCUGGGAAGGUAUGGGCGCUGAAAAUGCUACCAAAUACGCUCUUGAGAAUUGGCAGCCGAAGUUGCAGGCUGGUGAGAACAUGGCAGAGGGUGUGAGGGCUUUUGUUGAGAAGCGGAAGCCAAGGUGGAAGCCUUCGAAAUUGUGAUGAUGCGAGGCACAGGAACAAGCUGGCUUUUCAAGUGGCUUUGUAGACAAGCCUCUGCGCAGUUGUAUCGCAAUGACAAUGACAUUGCCUCGACUAUGUGCCUGCUGUUUGCUGCAUGCACACCUCUUCAAUUGUGUAAUCAAAAUUUGAUUAUCGGAACGGAAU